AUGUCUAGUGGAAGUGAUUACAACCCAGUUUCGGAUGAAUCUAGUGGAAGUGAUUACAACCUAGUUUCGGAUGAAGACAAUUUGUAUGACUCCGAUGAACUACUGGAAUGUUUGCAGACAUAUAAUCAGCUUAAACCCUCAGCUACUCCCAGACGCAAAAGUAAUAGCAGCCUAAAGACAGACGAAUAUCAAUCCUCAUCACACGGUAAUAAUAAUCAAACAAAUGAUGUUGAUUUAUUAGAAGUCAGCAAGGAUAAUAUUUCUCAACAGACGUCAGACUGCUUAGGAAUUGUACCAGUGCUUUGCAAUGAUAGUACUAACUUAAAUCAAUACAUUGAAGAUAUAAUGAAUGCUAAGUUUGUUUACAUGGACAGAAAUACUAGUUUAGAAAAAGAAGUCAAUUCAUCAGCUGAUUCUGAGAUAAUGAAUGUAAAUUCUCUCUUCGCUGAAACCUCAGAUGUUUACUCAAAUAUUAUACAAACAUCACCUAAUACUAAUAAUAUAGAUAAUGCAGAGAACAAAACUGAACAAAAGAAAUUAAGAAAAUCAGAAAAAUUGGCUGAUUCUUCUAAUUGCCAUAGUACUAACAUAACAGAAGCAUUGGAUUCAGGGAAUUCUCCUAGUACAUCUGAAAUGCAAGAAAGAAGUGCGAUCACGAAAGCAACAACCUACCGAAUCGGAGAAAACACAAGUUUAGAAGAAAAAGUUCAGUUGCUCCGAAAUGAUAUAAAUAAUGCGCCCAGUCAUGUUUUUGGAGAGCACAACCUUUGUAAAACUAUAAUAUAUUUUAAAUGCGAGGGUCAAGAUACAAAUAUAAUACCCGUUAUGAAAGAAUGUGGUAUCUAUGAAGACGUAAUGAGUGCCCUUCAAAGAGUUAUUGACAAUGCAAGUAGUCUUAUUAUGAACAUGGACAAUAACUUGGCAGAGCACUAUAACAGCGUUGUGUGUAAAUUCAUUGGGGUGGAUUAUACGUCACAAUUUUUAAAAAUCUCUCUUAAACCAGUAGUGAUAUACUCGGACGGGUGUAACUAUCAAAAUAGAAACUCAGUUCUUUCAAAUGCGAUCUUGCAUUUGAGCAUGAAUUCAGGAGUGACCAUCAUUCAUAAAUAUUUAGAAGUUGGCCACACAUACACAGAAGGCGACUCGGUAAAUAGCCAUAUCGAGGCUACUUUUGAAGACUUAGAUGUUCUUCUACCUAGUCAAUUUGUGGCAUUAUUAGAAGUAGCUCGAAAGAAAACUCAGCAAGUUGAUCCUUACAGAGCUCAACAGGUGGAUUUCGAAUUCUUCAAGGAUUUCAAUGCAUCAAUAAUAUAUCCUUCCAUCCGACCGGGAAAGAAACCUGGAGAUCCUACUGUUACGGAUUUAAGAAUUCUCCAAUACAGGCCGGAAGGAAAAAUUUAUUACAAACUAAAAUACACGGAUGAAUUUGCUUCAUUGUCCGUACGACCCCAAAAGCAAGAUCCUGCUAUUUUUCCCCAAGCUCUUCAAAAAGCCUCUGAAUAUAACUUUGGACAAAUGGAGAAAUCUUCAAUCACUAAAGCCCAUGAUGAGUAA